UCCACUCUUUCAACCGCAUACUCUUCCACCUCUUCUACUACCUCCUACUCUGCUCCAUCUACAGCAUCAUCCUACUCUUCCUCCUCCUCUUCCAAAUCUUCAACCUCUGCAAAAGCUUCUUCUACCUCCUCCUCUUCCGAUGGUUUAACCUCCGGCAUUGAUGGUGACUUGUCUGCCUUCUCAGGUCCUUCCUCCAAGUUUGUUGAUGGCACCAUCAAAUGUUCUGAAUUUCCUUCUGGUCAAGGUGUCGUUGCAAUUCCAUGGGUUGGUCUAAGUGGUUGGACAACCAUCAUGAACAUGGAUGGCGAAACCUCUUUCUCCUGUGAAGAUGGCUUUUACUGCUCCUACGCCUGUCAACCUGGUAUGUCAAAGACCCAAUGGCCCUCUGAACAACCUUCCAAUGGUAUUUCCGUUGGUGGUCUAUACUGCGACAACGGCUACUUGAAGAGAUCAAACCAAGACUCUGACUACUUGUGUGAAUGGGGCCACGACUCCUCUUAUGCCGUCAACAAACUAGACAAGGUCGUCUCCCUUUGCAGAACUGACUAUCCAGGAUCAGAAAACAUGAACAUUCCAACUCAACUAGGUGCUGGUCAAUCCAAACCAAUCUCCGUCGUUGAUUCUGACACCUACUACACCUGGAAAGGUGGAAAGACUUCAACCCAAUACUACGUCAACAACGCCGGUGUCAACGCUGAGAAUGGCUGCAUUUGGGGUACUAGUGCUGGCGAUGUUGGUAAUUGGGGUCCUCUCGUUCUCGGCGCAGGCUACACAAAUGGUGUUACCUAUCUCUCUCUUAUCCCCAAUCCAAACAACCUCGUUGCUCCAAACUACAGUGUUGAAAUCUCUGCCUCUGGUGACUCAACUGUUGUCGGCGAGUGUUCUUACGUAGAUGGUGUCUAUGUCGGUAGUUCCACUGAUGGUUGUACCCUCUCAGUUACAAAAGGCUCUGCAAACUUUGUUUUCUACUAA